AUUUUACCCUGUGCACUCUUUUUCAGCAGAGUUUGUCUUUCACUGGUUGAAGGAAGCUUCAGGAUGCUUUCUAGAUACCGAGUGAAAGCUUUUAAACCACACUCGCUUGGGGCUUCUCAAUUGACUAGGCAGCAUGCGACACAACUCCAGCGACUUGGAGUGCGAAGAUCUGCUUCGACGGUAAGCUCACAGUUUAAUGCGUCUUCAACUAGAAAGAAUACGACAGCCUUCAAGCAUCAGCGACAAUUUCUCGAGGGAAAACGGACACUGGCGUCAACUACAGAAACAGAUGUGCAAUUAGCUAAUCGGAAAGCUGAAAUUUACACUCUGAUUGACAACAUUCAUCGGCACGAAGAUGAACUCGCUAAAAUUCUGGAUGACCUCUUUCUCGAAGAUUACGAUCAUAUAUUAGGCAUAAGGAGCUGGGAUAUUGAUAAUGCCUUUAGUGGACAUAUUGGCCAUCGAAACUAUCAAGCGCUAGAAGCCAGGGUCAGACAAGCACGGCAAGAGUUUGGGGAGGUUCUACCAGACGACCACCUGAAUGCUGCAGAGCUGGAGCUUUACAACACUCUUUAUGGUGAGGCUAUUAACCCGGAUGAAGUCUUGGAGGAAACAGAUGACAAACAACCGGAUAUUCUUCUAAAGGACGAUGGCCAAGGCGGUUUCGAAGAAGUCGAGUUCGAACACACCUUUGAAGAGGACGUAGAAGUCUCGCAUAACAUAGAAUCGGAACUUGACGAAGAAUCUGCCAUCGAACGAGUGAGACAAGUCGCGAAUGAGCUUGGGGGUGUUUUGGUGGAGCACGAAUUACAGGAUGAGGAGGAUUCCCAAUCUGCGCCCAGGCUUCAUCCUCUGACUGAAGCCGGAAAGUUCGCUACUGAUCCAAAAACGGUGUUCAUUCCACAUGAUACGGUCACUGGGCCAGUCGGCGUCAUUCUGUCCAAUUACUCAAACAAACAUAUUGCUGAGGCUACCCAUAAAGUGUUUGGUGGGCGUAGGUUACCACACUCCACCGUGACUCUACCACCGAGAACGCAGAUACCGCAACUCCCAAUCCCUCUAUCAGCCUCUCAACAUCACAUGAGCGAGAUGGAAGCUAAUGCUUACAUUGCUGCUCUCUAUCCUGGAAUCUAUGCUGCGACUCUCAGCGUACUUGUCGAGGUUCGGAAACGGCUAGGAAGCAAAUGGCUGCGAAAUCUCAUUACUCAAGAGACAGGUCCACGAGUUCUGGAUGCAGGUGGCGGAGGUGCAGGAAUACUGGCAUGGAGAGAUGUACUUCGUGCCGAGUACGAGACUAUGGUUCCUGGACAUCCUCCAGACGCACCAGUCCCUACUGGGAAGUCGACUGUGCUCGCCGGCUCCAACUCUCUUCAGCUACGAGCCAGCGCCAUGCUGGACAAUACGACAUUCCUACCUCGACUCCCUGAUUACGUUCAUGUUCGUGACACCACUACUCUAGAUGAUGAAAGAGCGCCACCCAAGCGAAAACAAUUUGAUGUCAUAAUCGCGCCCCACACACUGCUCGAAAUCGAGGAAGACUAUCUACGCAAACAGCACGUGAAGAAUCUAUGGGCACUCCUCAAUCCGAACGGCGGUGUCCUUAUUCUCCUCGAGAAGGGUCGUCAAAGAGGAUUUGAAGCUGUUGCGGGUGCUCGUGAAAUGCUCCUAGAAAGGCAUAUUGCAAGCCCUGGAUCCACGGAAUAUGACGGGUUGGGCGACAGUGGAGACAUGGGAAGUGUGAAAAAGGAACCCGGCAUGAUCAUUGCCCCUUGUACGAAUCAUGGGAAGUGCCCUAUGUAUCACAUUGCCGGCCAAGCCAAAGGCCGAGGCGAUUACUGUCAUUUCGAGCAACGAUUUAUCCGUCCAGCCUACUUGCAACGCAUCAUCGGGGCUAGGGAUCGUAACCACGAGGAUGUCGAAUUCAGCUACGUGGCUAUCCAACGUGGGGUGGACAUGCGAGAUGCACAGAAUAUUGUUCAAGGCAAAGAUGCAACUAAUGCGGCGUUUGAAGGCUACGAAGACAAUUUGUCAGUUGAUGCAGCCUCAGAUGACACGGCAGCGCCGCCAACCUCGUUCAACACAUUAUCUCUUCCCCGAAUGGUCCUUUCGCCGAUCAAACGUCGAGGCCAUGUUAUCCUCGAUCUUUGCACUCCAGAAGGCAAGAUUGAACGCUGGACUGUCCCUCGUUCCUUCAGCCGACAAGCCUAUCACGAUGCACGCAAAGCACGGUGGGGAGAUCUAUGGGCUCUUGGCGCGAAAACACGAAUUCCGCGUCAUCUAAAGCUUGGCACGGGAGCAAGUGAAGACAGCAAGAAGGAGAGGUUGCAAAGACGGGCUGCUAGUAGGCUGGAUGAAAUAGGGGAGACAGAAGACCCAGAUUCGCUCGACCCAGAGCCACAGGAAAGACAGCUGGACCCUGCUCUCACAGACGCGCUCACAGAACAGGCCCAUUCUCUUCAGGCGAGAAAGAAAGGCCAAAAUAUUCCCAGCUGGAAAAAGAAUGCCAAUAAAAAGCGAAUUCGCCAGGCUUUCAAAAAGGUAUCUUCGAAGAGGGAGGAGGAGGAUUGAGCUUAAUAACAUGUCCAUUUGCAAUGAUAUAUGACAGCCGGUCUGUUUCGCAUGCUUCUGUAUGGCGUACUGGUUACAAUAUGGGAUUGGGAAUGUGUUUUAUAUCCAUG